AUGUCGCGCGCGAAUCAAUGGUUUGUGCCGGGCGACGGCAUUGCUCGAGAGGUCAUUACGGCCGACAUCCAGCGCUACCUUGGCCCAGACGCGCUGGGCCAGCCUGGCUACUGGAUUACUGCAUACCGAACCCUGACAUCGCAGAUGAUUCAGGAUCUGAAGAUGGACUCACAGCGUUGGCAACAGGAACGGCAACCGGGCGAGGCUGGACGUGGAGGUAGUCACAGUCCUUAUGUGCGAGAUACUAAGGUAUCCGGAGGCCCUAACGCUUCUUUAGUAGCAUACCAGGACUCCCGAACACAUGCUGCCCGCCAGCAUUGGGGUCCUUCUAAACCGUUCGACCAGUCGGCGGCGGAGCCUGCCUAUGAACAGCCAGCUCGUCAGUCGACAUCGUCAAGAACGGCGUACACGUCGCCGAGCUAUGCUGGCAGUGCUACUCAUGACUCCCAUUACACUACCACCCCAACAGCCCCAUCUUAUGGAUCUUCGCAUUCCGCGUACUCUGCUGCCCCUGCCUCGGCCGCACCAAGGACACAGCCAGCGGACCCAUAUUCGGCCUACCAGCAGCCCGCUGGUGGCCGGGACCCAUACUCACAGGGCUCAUACUCGUCCUAUCCGGCCCACUCCCAGUCGGAUCCAUACGCCGCCCAUGGACGUUCAACUGCAUCCACCGCGGGCCCCUAUGCCACCCCAAGGUAUUUUGGAUAUUUCGACGAACAAUAUUUGGUCUAUCGCUAA